AUGCCUUUCGUCGCAAUCGAACACCCGAAAUGCGUAAAAUGCACCAAAUCAGUAUAUGCCGCCGAAGAGCGAAUUGCUGGAGGUUAUAAAUGGCAUAAAAUGUGCUUCAAAUGCGAAUUGUGUGGCAAGUUUUUGGACUCCACCAACUGCGCAGAGCACGACAAAGAGCUGUACUGUAAAAACUGUCACGGAAGAAAAUACGGACCAAAAGGAUACGGUUUCGGUGGAGGCGCUGGAUGCCUGAGUACAGACAAUGGUGAACAUCUCAGCAACGUGUCUUACUAUCAUACUAAACCUCAAGGUGCCUCGGAAUCACGAUCUAUGGCAAUGGCUCCUGAAGGCGAAGGAUGUCCACGCUGCGGUGGAUUUGUGUACAUGGCUGAGCAAAUGUUAGCAAAAGGAAGAUCUUGGCAUCGAGAGUGUUUCAAGUGUGCUACUUGCACGAAACGUUUGGAUUCAGUCAAUUGUUGUGAAGGUUCUGAUAAAGAUAUUUACUGCAAAGUAUGUUAUGGCAAGAAAUUUGGACCUAAGGGUUAUGGUUAUGGACAAGGAGCUGGAGCACUUCAAAGCGAUCCCGCUUAUAAUGGGGAUGUUAGCACAUCUAGAGCUCCUAUUAUUGAUACGAGUACAACUUCUAUUAAGGCAAAAGCAGGAGAAGGGUGUCCACGUUGCGGAGGUGUGGUAUUUGCUGCUGAACAAGUGCUUGCUAAAGGAAGUGAAUGGCAUAGAAAAUGUUUCAAAUGCAAGGAUUGCAAUAAAACUUUGGAUUCAAUAAUUGCUUGCGAUGGACCCGAUAAAGAUGUAUAUUGUAAAACUUGUUACGGUAAAAAAUGGGGUCCUCACGGAUAUGGAUUUGCUUGCGGCUCAGGAUUUCUUCAGACAGACGGCUUGACAGAUGAACAAAUUGCGGGAUCACGACCGUUUUAUAAUCCAGACACCACAUCUAUUAAAGCGGAGAAGGGAGAGGGUUGUCCAAGAUGUGGCGGAAAAGUAUUUGCUGCUGAACAACAAUUGGCUAAAGGAGCAAUGUGGCACAAAAUUUGCUUUAACUGUGCUACUUGCCACCGGCCAUUAGACUCUACAUUAGCUUGUGAUGGACCGGAUAAAGAAGUUUACUGCCGAUCCUGUUAUGGAAAAUAUUUUGGACCCAAAGGAUUUGGAUAUGGACACUCUCCAACUUUGGUCUCCACCAAAGGAGAAUCUACAAUGUUGUUCUCGGAAGCAAGACCAACAUCUGGAAACAAGAGCAGAAAUGGUAAUGGGUGUUUGAGGUGUGGAUAUGAAGUUUAUGCCGCUGAACAAAUGAUAAGUAAAAAUAAGUCCUGGCACAAGAGAUGUUUUACUUGCGCUGAUUGCAGUAAAUCAUUAGAUUCGACAAGUUUGAAUGAUGGUCCUGAUGGCGAUAUUCAUUGCAGACCUUGUUAUGCAAAACAUUUUGGGCCGAGAGGUUGCGGCUUCGGUAUGGGUGCUGGUGUUCUGUCUAUGGCAUAA